GAAAAGUACUGCUUUUGAGAGAGUAAUAUGAGUUGGGGUAGGAGUUUGGAGUUGAAAAUCUAGGCUGGGUGUCACUAAACAGAAAUUUUGUUGAGUUUGCAGACCCACCAUGCCUUUUAGCACAAUACUGGCACCAUCUGGCCCACAGCUGCAAACUAUUAGGUACCGCUACAACUUCCUCUUCAUUCCGCUGGCUUUCAAGGUAGAACUGCCGCAGGUUCCCCAGUGGCGGAGAUCAGACGUUUUCCACCAUGAAUCGAGCGUUUAACAGGAAAAAAGAUAAGUCCUGGAUGCACACUCCAGAGGCCCUGGCAAAACAUUAUAUUGCAUAUAAUGCCAAGUUCCUUGGAAACACAGAAGUUGAUCAACCUAAAGGCACAGAAGUUGUGAGAGAUGCAGUGAGAAAACUGAAAUUCCAGAGGCAUAUCAAGAAGUCUGAGGGCCAGAAAACUCCGAAAGUGGAACUGCAAAUCUCAAUCUACGGUGUGAAGCUAUUAGACCCAAAAACAAAGGAUGUGCUGUACAAUUGCCAGUUGCACAGGAUAUCAUUCUGCGCUGAUGACAAAACUGACAAGAGGAUUUUCACCUUCAUUUGCAAAGACUCCGAGUCCAACAAACACCUCUGUUAUGUGUUUGACAGUGAAAAAUGCGCUGAGGAGAUAACGCUAACCAUCGGCCAGGCGUUUGACCUGGCGUACAAGAAGUUCCUGGAGUCUGGGGGGAAGGAUGUGGAGACGAGGAAGCAGAUUGGAGGCUUGCAGAAACGAAUUCAAGAAUUAGAAACAGAGAAUUCUGAGUUGAAAAAGCAACUGCAGGUUCUGGAGGAGCAGUUGAUGCUAGCCCAAGUGUCGCCUCUUCUGCAUAUAAACUCUACUAACGAGGCCUACAUGACGACCAGGCCGUCCUCUCUCUUCUGGUGUCACAACCUGACUUCGUUCUCCUGCUUAGAAAUCUCUUCUGUCACUCUCACUCCUAUGAGCUCCCCCGACUCUAGCCUGUCCGCUGGCCUGUUAACCCCUCCCCCUGCUAAACCCCCUCUGCCAAAGCCCCGCAGCGGAUACAGCCUCCCCCGCCCUCGAGCAGGAAGUGUGCCUGCAAAAGCGGCUCCCACCGAUGUUUUUGACAUGAUUCCAUUCUCUCCUGCUCCUCCUCUGACACCGGUACCAGCCAGCAACGGCACGCCCCCGGCCUCGGCCCCAACAAGACCCUCUCAUCUGAGUACAGACCUUUUCGGCGCUGAGCCGUUUGACCCCUUCACCUGCGGAGCGGCCGAUUUCCCCCCCGACAUCCAGUCCAAGCUGGACGAGAUGCAGGAGGGGUUCAAAAUGGGACUAACCUUAGAAGGCACUGUCUUUUCCCUCGAUCCCCUAGACAGCCGCUGCUGAUGCCAAGAAGACGUUUUAUUAUUACUGUUAAUCAUUUGUAUUGGAAAGAGCCAAAAUUGCAUCUCCUACCAAGAUGUAAAUAGUGUCACCUUGAGGUUUGUCUGUGUUUUCAUUUGAAUUUGGUUUAAAAUUAAAUUUGGUUUGAAACGACGCUACACGGAAAGAGUCUGAGGGAAAGCUCUAUUUUUGUAAGAACCAGAGUGAGGGCGGGUCAUUUGUGCAGUCAUCUCGUUGUGUAGCCAAGGUGUAGCUGAGUACUGAGACGACCCAAAGAGUCUGCCUCUAUAGCAGAUUUAAUAUCCUCAUUAAAAUGCGUUGUUUUACUAAUUAAUGCAUUCAUUUCAUUAACUUUGGGAAGGCAGCCUUUGCUCUCUUUGUUUGUCACGUGUAUGGGUCCAAUGUUUGUGACUUGUCAGCCAAGGAGCUAAGGGACGUGAGCCUCUCCACUUAUACCGUACCAUGUACUUGCUUUGGAAAUUUGGUAAAUCUGACAAAUAACUUUUUAGAAUAACAAUAAAAUGCCAAAUGAUCCGCUUGCACAUUACUUUAUAUGUUUUUGAACACAUAUUUCUAGUUGAAACAAAUGUAUUUCUUCUGAUUGAAUUUUUUAUGGGCAUCAAAUCAUUGAGUGUUUUAGUAACCAUUUAGCACAAUAAUUUACUUCUGAUGUAUAUUUGUAUUGCAGUUCAAUUUCUUAUUAUAUAUUUUAGUAUCCUCUUGCACCAGAAAGCACUUUUAAAAACCUGUCCAUAUAUGAUAUACUUGUCCAUUUACUUUGUAUGCAAUAUUUUAGUCUGUAUUAUUGUAGUUAUUAAAGAAACGAGUACUGCAUCA